AUGGCCAACCUGCUCAGGCCUGCAACUUGGGGACUGUUCUCCUGGAGGGGCUACUGCUCCAGGGGGACGCAGGGCAGACUCAGCGCGGGCUUUGUGGAGGCUCUGAAGGCAAUUGUGGGGAGCCCCCACGUGUCUACCGCGGCUGUGGUCCGAGAGCAGCACGGGCACGAUGAAUCCAUGCACAUGUGCCAACCUCCGGACGCCGUGGUGUGGCCCCAGAACGUGGAGCAGGUCAGCCAGCUGGCGGCCCUGUGCUACGGCCAAGGCGUUCCCAUCAUCCCCUUCGGCACAGGCUCCGGCCUGGAGGGUGGCGUCUGCGCGGUCCAGGGUGGCGUUUGUGUCAACCUGAUCCGCAUGGACCGAAUCCUGGAGCUGAAUCCCGAAGACUUCUCUGUGGUGGUGGAACCCGGCGUCACCCGCAAAGCUCUCAACACCCACCUGCGGGACUGCGGCCUCUGGUUCCCUGUGGACCCAGGUGCAGACGCCUCUCUCUGCGGCAUGGCGGCCACCGGAGCCUCGGGCACCAACUCUGUGCGCUACGGCACCAUGCGCGACAACGUGCUGAACCUGGAGGUGGUGCUGCCCGGCGGACGGCAGCUGCACACCGCGGGCCGCGGCCGGCGCUUCUGGAAGAGCGCAGCCGGCUACAACCUCACCGGGCUCUUUGUGGGCUCCGAGGGAACGCUGGGCCUCAUCACAGCCGCCACCCUGCGCCUGCAUCCUGUCCCUGAGGCCACGGUGGCCGCCACCUGUGCGUUCCCCACCGUCCAGGCGGCGGUGGACAGCACCGUACACAUCCUCCAGGCUGCAGUACCUGUGGCCCGCAUCGAGUUCCUAGAUGAGGUCAUGAUGGAUGCCUGCAACAGGCACAGCAAGCUGAACUGCUACGUCGCACCCACGCUCUUCCUCGAGUUCCACGGCUCCGAGCAGGCACUGGCAGAGCAGGUGCAGCGCACAGAGGAGGUCAUCCGUCAUAACGGAGGCUCCCACUUCUCCUGGGCCAAGGAGGCGGAGGAGCGCAGCCGCCUCUGGGCAGCCCGGCACAACGCCUGGUAUGCAAGCCUGGCCCUGUGGCCGGGCUGCAAGGGCUAUUCUACCGACGUGUGUGUGCCCAUCUCUCGGCUGUCGGAGAUCCUGGUGCAGACCAAAGAGGACCUGGAGGCCUGGAGACUCACAGGUUCCGCCAGCCUCCCGCGGGCGCCUGGGGCGGGCCGGGGUGGGGCCGGGGCCGCAGCUCUGUCUUUCGGGCCCCCAGGAACCGUCGUCGGGCACGUGGGCGACGGGAAUUUCCACUGCAUCCUGCUGGUAGACCCCGAGGACCCUGAGGAGCUCCUCAGGGCCCAGGCCUUUGCAGAGCAGCUGGGCAGGUCAGGGCGAAGCGGGAGGCGGGGCGGGGCGGCGGGGCGGGGGGCGAGGGGCGAGGGGGCUCCCGCUGAGCGUCCCUUCCGGUUGCCUCCCAGGCGCGCACUGGCGCUCCACGGCACGUGCACCGGGGAACACGGCAUCGGGCUGGGCAAGCGGCAGCUGCUGCUGGAGGAGGUGGGCGUGGUGGGCAUGGAGACCAUGCGGCAGCUCAAGGCCACGCUGGAUCCCCGAGGCCUCAUGAACCCAGGCAAGGUGCUGUGA